CAGGGAGCCAAACGGUAACAGGACGGCAGCGGCCCCAGAGCCCAGCACCUGCCCCGUGACAAUGGCACCUGGCAGGGAAAAGCUGGGCAAGAGCAGCAGUGCCCCCUCGCGCCAGCAGCUCCUGAGGGAAGAGGAGCUGGUGAAGAAGGAGGCUGCCUACGAGAAUCUGGUUAAAAGCUGGGAGUGGGGCCGAGUCCUCUGCGUCCAGAGGGAGAAGCAGGAGGAGAAGAGGCUGGUGAGGGGCUGCCAGAACCUGCGGGCCGGCGUGGCAGAGGAGCUGAGCUUCGCUAACAAGGCACUGCUGAUGGUCCGGCGCGCGGCCCUGCGCUACCUUCUGCACUGCGAGCACCUGCAGCUCCAGCGCGAGCUGAACCACGGUGGGAAGUCCUUCUACGUGGAGAGGCUGUGAGCGCCCAGCUCUGGGGAGCAGCGACCUGCCCACACCGGCCCCCUCGCUCGCCGAACUGCGACCCGCAGCGGCCCAGGUUUCCAUGGGACCCCAGGCUUUGCACCUGACAGCACUUCCCCAUCCUGCCCCAGAGCCGCCUUCCCGACGGGACAGUCGUGGCUGUUGCUAUUUCAGAGACAGCGUCAAAACCUGCCGAGAAUAUUAAAGUGUCAAGCUAA